AUGGGGAACUUGUCAAUGAAACCCAAGCACCUGAGACAGCCAGAUAGACACGUAGCAAACCUCUCUAUUGGUUCUGAUGCUCUUUGCAGCAGGGUGGUUGAACUGGAAAAGGAGCUGAAAAGAAAAGAUGAAGAAUUGCAAGAGAGUCAAAGUCUCGUUGCUGAGCUUCAGGAGCAGCUGGCUAUGCAGACUAAGGUCAUAGCAGAACUCACCAAGGAACUUCAGAGCAAGUGUAUACAGCUGAACAAGCUGCAGGAUGUUAUUAAUACUCAAGGAGAACACUCUCUUCAACCUUCUCCAUUUAGAGCAACUCCAAAGAAUCAAGUCUCUGCUGACAGGAGGAAAGGAGCUAAGGAAGGUGUAUCUGCAGAGCCAACAACACAGCUAUAUGAUUUGAGCAAGCAAGCUAGGUUUUCCUUUGAAAAAUCAAGAGUCCAAAAGGAUUUCAGUGAGAAGAAGCUCAUCACAGAUGCCCUGAAUAAAAAUCAGUUCUUGAAGAGACUGGAGCCUCAGCAGAUCCGAGAUAUGGUGGAAUGUAUGUAUGAAAGGACUUUCCAGCAGGGGAGUUAUGUCACCAGACAGGGAGAGCCAGGCAAUCACAUUUUUGUGCUCAAAGAGGGCAGACUGGAAGUCUUUCAGCAGAAUAAACUCCUCUCCUCAAUACCUGUGUGGACAGCAUUUGGUGAACUAGCCAUUUUAUACAACUGCACACGGACAGCUUCUGUGAAAGCAAUCACCAAUGUGAAAACAUGGGCAUUGGACAGAGAAGUGUUUCAAAACAUCAUGAGAGUGACAGCACAGACAAGGCAAGAACAGUACAGAAGCUUUCUUAGAAGUGUGUCUCUCCUAAAAAACUUACCUGAAGAUAAACUAACCAAGAUCAUGGACUGCCUGGAGGUGGAGUACUAUGACAAGGGAGAUUAUGUUAUUCGGGAAGGAGAAGAAGGAAAUACCUUCUUUAUAAUAGCAAAAGGAAAGGUGAUAGUUACCCAGAGUACUGCAGAUCACUCACAGCCUCAGCUGAUCAAAAGUCUACAUAAAGGAGAUUACUUCGGAGAAAAGGCUCUCAUCAGUGAUGACGUCAGAUCAGCAAACGUUAUUGCAGAUGAAUAUGAUGUGGAGUGCCUUGUUAUAGAUAGAGAGACAUUUAAUCAAACCGUUGGAACUUAUGAGGAGCUCCAAAAAUACCUUGAAGGCUAUGUGGCUAACCUGGCCCGGGCUGAUGAAAAGCGACAUGCAAAAAGAAGAUCCUUCUGUGGACAGUUGACCAAAGAGGUGACUUUGGAGAUGAUACAGCUGCAGGAGAAAGUAGCCCAGUUCUCUUCUUCCCCAUUCCAGAAUUUAGAAGUUGUCACAACUCUCGGUGUUGGUGGGUUCGGAAGGGUUGAGCUUGUUAAAGUGAAAAAUGAGAACAUCGCUUUUGCUAUGAAGUGUAUAAAGAAGAAACAUGUAGUGGACACCAAACAGCAAGAGCAUAUCUAUUCUGAAAAGAGAAUUCUCGAACAGAUAUGUUCUCCAUUCAUUGUGAAACUAUAUCGUACAUUCAAGGAUAGUAAGUAUGUAUACAUGCUACUGGAGGCUUGCCUUGGAGGAGAAUUGUGGAGCUUACUGAGAGACAGAGGCAGCUUUGAUGAACCCACUACCAAGUUCUGUGUUGGGUGUGUGACAGAGGCUUUGGACUAUCUACAUCACAUAGGAAUUGUCUACAGGGACCUGAAGCCAGAAAAUUUAAUUUUGGAUGCUGAAGGAUACAUAAAAUUGGUUGAUUUUGGAUUUGCAAAGAAGAUCGGGUCAGGGCAGAAAACCUGGACAUUUUGUGGAACCCCUGAGUAUGUUGCCCCAGAAGUCAUUCUGAGUAAGGGCCAUGACUUCAGUGUGGAUUUUUGGUCCCUUGGGAUUCUUGUAUAUGAACUCCUUACUGGCAGUCCACCAUUCUCCGGGGCUGAUCAAAUGAUGACAUAUAACUUGAUUCUCAAAGGCAUUGAAAAACUGGACUUUCCUAAAAUAAUAACAAGGCGGCCUGAGGAUUUGAUCCGCAGACUUUGCAGGCAAAACCCUACAGAAAGAUUAGGCAAUCUGAGGAAUGGAAUUAAUGACAUCAAGAAGCACAGGUGGUUGAAUGGUUUUAACUGGGAUGGUCUGAAAGUGAGGAAAUUAACAUCACCUUUAAAAAGAGAGUUGUCUGGACCAACUGAUUACAGCUACUUUGAUAGCUAUCCACCUGAAGAGGGAAUCCCUCCAGAUGAACUUUCAGGCUGGGACAAGGAUUUCUGA